AUGUCCGCGGCCCCUCGGAGGAGACUGGCCUGUCGCCUAUGCACUCGGCGGAAGGUCAAGUGUGACAAACAGAUCCCAUGCCACAACUGCGUGAAGAGGGGGACUCCGGCAGAAUGCGAACGCGAUGAUGCCGACGACACACAUGCGCAAAGCAGUAUAUCCAGUGCUCGACAUCAGUCCAACGACGACACGUCCGCCGUGGGUGCUCUUCGUGUGCGUGUGGCAGAACUCGAGGCCGCCCUUCAAGAGAAAAUUGCCGAGACCAAUGGGGCGGCACAGUCUUCGACGACGACUCCAGCGACAGAUCAGGCCGAGGGGAGGACUGGCACCACACGGCUGAGGUCGUCGUCGCCAAGCCAGGGGUCAGAAAUUGCAGAUGCAGUCACGGUCCUGGAGUUCCUGGCCUGGGGCCGCAUGAAGGAUCCGGACAAUGCAAUGCUGUCGCCGGAAGCUCUUCGAGUCUCCGAGCACGAUGAUGGCGGGAUUGGCAUCAGCAGCCCGGCCGAGGAGCUCGACUGCUACGCUCUCGAUUCCGGCGUGAAUCUCGUUUCGUGGCUACAGAUCCUGCUCCCGUCUCGACGCCAGGUGUACCAGCUGGUCGACUACCACAGCAACUGCAUGCUCUGGUUCCACGGCUCGUACUUGGCGCCGACCUUGUCCAAAGAACUCGCAUCCUUCUACGCCGAUCACGGUGGCAAGUUCGACUCCAAGAAGGGAGUCGCGCUGCAGUGGGUGGCACUACUGUUCUCGAUCAUGGCCGGGACAAUCACCUCGGCCCCGGCACACGAGGCGAGGAAAUGGGGGUUCGCCGAGAGUGAAGCACGGCUCCUAUCUCAAAAAUGGUACAAGGCCGUCGUCGUCGCCCUGAACGCGGCCAAUUUCACCGCCCACCAUUCCUUACAUGCCGUCCAGGCCAUCACGACGUUGACCAACACUGCCCAUAUGUUGGGCCACUCGAACGCCCAGUCCGUCAUGCUGGCGUCUGCUGUCCGCAUCGCGCAAAGUCUUGGUCUGCACCGACUGGACGACGAGGCGCCAGGUCACGGCGUGGAGCUGGAAACAGGCCGGCGCGUGUGGCAGGAGCUCUGUACGCAGGACUGGUUCAGCACGGCAUUCUCCGAGUCGUACUCGAUCAAUCCGCUGCACUCGACCUCUCUCCCGCCUCAAAACUGUGACGACGACUUGAACGUGCUCGACGAGUCCGAACCGACCGUCACCAGCUUCUGCCGGUUCCUGUCCAAGAUCGCGGCCAUCAUGCCAGCCCUCCAGGACGCCAUGGCCAUGUCCAAUACUCUCUACACAAAACACGAGGCAGUUUUGGUCUACGACAAAAAGAUGCGGUCAUUGGCCACGGGUAGGCCCUCAUUCCUCGCCAACACCGCCUUUGACACCAAUUGGCCGUGCUACAUUCCAUGGGCGCGGCGAGCCAUUGCCAUGAGUUCCGCACACAAGAUCAUUAUGAUUCACAGGAAGCUUCUCGGACUCAGUUUCACGAACCCGGUCUUCGCAUUCACGCGUCGAACCUGCCUGGCGGCGUCCAAAACGAUCUUGAAAGAGUACCUCGCGAGCAGCAGGGACGAGUCGAGCCCGAUGCUCUGGACUCACCAGGCAUUCGCCGUGGCGGCUUGCAUAGUGAUAUGCUUUGACAUCCUGCACUCGCCGUAUUCCGGCCAGGGCCAGGACGAAUCAUCACAGCUGGUCGACCAGACCCUCGAGCACCUGCAGCUCUGCCAGCAGAAGAGCAUGAUCGCCGCACGAGGUGUCAAGGUCCUGAAUGCGCUGCAAAAGCAGAUCGAGAACCGGCGGGUCGAGAGUAGUAGUGGUGGUAGUAGUAGUCGAAAGAGAGGGUCCAAUGAUGCGCCCGUCAGAGACAGCAGCAACAGCAGCAGCAGCACCCCAAGAAAACGACGUCGAGGUUUCGAUGCCGCCGAGUUUGCGAGAUCCUUCUGCGAGGAUCAACAAGAUCGUCCGCCGCUCAUGAAUCAGGGCAUUCCAGAGCGUCUGAACUCGAAUGAAGAAUUGGACCUUAUACAGCAGCGAGCAGAGGAUACGACACAGGAAGUCGGCGUGGACGAACCACUAACUCUUCCUAAUGACUUGAACUGGUUGUGGAGUAUGCCGCUAUCUGAUGAAGAUGGCACUCAGACCUUUGACAACCUGCUAUCUUUUGCAAAUCAAGGUCGCGGAUUCUAG